CACUCACACGAUUUAGCGUCCGCGUGCAAAAUUUUACUGUGUACUUUUGUCUCAAGUACGACGCGAGUGCCAUGUCGAUACGUUUUGGAAGUGGAUUUCGUUUAACCUGACGAUGUUAUAUAUAAAAAAUAACAUUUAUAGUAGGAAUGUUAACUGUCGCAGUUUACGUGAAUAUGGCCUCUGUUCUCGGUUCAGUCGUUUCGUUCAGUGAUUAGUUAUAGUGUUUGGUUGGUUUUGUGUUGUUUCUCAGGGUAUUAGGAGUAUUGGUGACCAAAGAGUGCAGAAUAACUGGUCUUUUGACACCUCGAAUGCUGACCGAAAUCACAGUUUGUUACUGAAGGGAGGCGAACGCGGUGGAGUCACGGUUUUUUCCGGAUGUUGAUGCAUGUCGUAGUAGUAGGUGGUAUACAAUUCGGAAGUGGUGUUUGCUAUGGUACUAACAAGGCUAGAACUUCUCCCCUUGUCAGUAUUCGUUCUUCUGCCUGGCACGUUUAUCAUCACCUAUCUGAUUGCCAUACUCCUGGGCCAUGUGGAAGUGGAGUUCCCUUACAUCAGUGACAUGGGUACUCAUCCCCCUGAGAGUUGUAUCUUUAGCCAACUACUCAACAUCUGUUCCCUCCUCUUGGUGGGUACAGUUUAUGUCCGUUACAAGCAAAUUGAACAGUAUUACCGUGACCACCUGAGCCAGGAGUCUCCUCGUGUGCUCCGACUCAACCGGAUUUCUCUGUGGCUUGGUUGUGUUGCUUCCCUAGGCGUCUCCAUCGUUGGAAAUUUUCAGGAGACAGAGGUGCUGACGGUGCAUGUAUUUGGUGCAUUCCUUGCCCUUGGCAUAGGGACCCUCUACACAUGGGUACAGACGGCAAUGAGUUUUCGCAUGCAACCCCUGGUGAACAGCCUGACUGCAGCACGCUUCAGGCUCGGUAUCUCGGUGCUAGCUACAGCUGCCUUUCUCUCCACUGCGGUGACAGCUCCUCUCUCGAUUGCCAGAUUUCAUGGACGGGACAAGACCAAGUGGGGGCCAGACGAUGGUGGAUAUCGUCUCCACUUGGCCAGCACAGUGUCUGAGUGGUUGCUGGCAUUUACUGUGAACCUCUACAUCCUCACCUUUGUGCGUGAACUUCACCAUAUUUAUCUUGAGUCACCAAAGGUGCUGUUUCUGUCGCAUGGCAUUCACCCAUCUACGUCAUCUGAAGUGUACCACACUCAAGAGCAACUGGAGGUUCCACAUCCUGACGUAUACUUCAUUAGCACAGCCUCGGAGAAUGCAGCUGUGCACUGACCUAAGUCACAAGGGCAGCAUUUGCGGGUCUCUGCAAGGAAUACGAGCGCAGCAGUGAAAUAUAAUGGUGAAGAGCAAUGGGUUUGCUAGGUCUCACAUCUGGGCCCUCUUUUCAUCCACACGAUGCUGCCCAGUGUCAUCCUGAGAACUCUCCAUCCGCAGUCUGGUUUGCAUUCCAAAUAACGCAAGUGAUGUAUACUUAAUAUGUGUGCACGGGAAAAUGAUACAUUUCCUCUUGCGACUUCUAUAACAUCCAACAAGUAUGUGGUUGCUGACAUUUCAGGCUAUUAGCUGGCAUUGGCCUAGUGUGGUCUUUUGCAUUCUACAUAAUGUGAUUAUCUUCUAAUGGUCUGAAGAUCUUAGAGGAAUAUAUUUUUCUGAGAGGUAGAUAAUUUUUGCUUCCCACUGUUGUUGGGGUGACCUCUGUAAAUUGUAUCAUAAUUGAUCUUUUAUAUUUUUUCCCUAGAACUUUUAUUUGUGUGCUGCACAAUUUUAGGACAUUUGCAAGGGCUUUGCUUCUCCAGCACAUUGCAGUGAAACUGCCUCGACACGAUGAAGCUAAGCAAUAACUCAAGCCAAAAUUGUCCUGGUAACCGGAAAAGCCUGUUUGUACUCCUGCUUAUGUUCCAAGCUUUUCCAGGUAUAGAGGAAUUGCUGAUUUGAAGUUGCACAAGAAUAACCACGUGUGACUUGAGCAUGCGCUGACAAGCACUUUGAUCUAUUGUAACCUCACUUCUCUUACAUGACAAUGUUCGGUAUGUUUAGAUUUUAAUUGCCUAUGCAACUGGACAUCCAGUUCUACAGUGUUCUAGCUGUUUUAUUAUGAUAUGAGCUGAUUUAUUAUAGUUAGAGUUCCUUGGUUUGGCAUUUUAGUAUCCAGCAUCGGGGAUACAACUCUUGAACUAGGAAAGUGCAGUAAACUAAUAUUAAUAAACAUAACUAUGGAAAGUUAAUCUGUUACAGGAAUAAAAUAUUGUGGAACAUG